UGUUCUGUUUUCACUGGAAUCUCACGAAUCCACCACCACCAUCAAAACACCAAAUGAGGGAAGACAAGAUAUUCCCAACACCGCUAAAACACUUUAUGCUGUUUUUUUUCUUUCUUAAAUUUAAUUUGUCAACCGUCUGUAGUUUGUCUACGGGCUUUUAUUUUGAAAACAACGGCAACGGAAACAUCGGAAAGAGAACAGACUAUCUGCGAAUGGGUCUGUGGCAUAAACUGUAUGUGUUGAAGUCUUGACAAAAUGCAGCAAAGGGAGGAGAAACAGCUGGAGGCAUCGGUGGAAUCACUCAUUUCUCGUGUGGCACAUCUGAAAAACGCUCUCCACAAUUUUAUUUGCAAGCUGGAAAAUGAGUAUGAGCGAUUAACAUGGCCGUCUGUUUUGGACAAUUUUGCCCUCCUGUCUGGUCAGUUAAAUACGAUCAAUAAGCUGCUGAAGAAUGAAAAGACACCGUCGUUUCGUAACCAGGUUAUAAUACCUCUGCACCUGUCUCCGGAUCGGGACGAGGACCUGGCGAAACUAACAGAGCAACGUGUGCCGGUGUUCAGCCAUGAGAUUGUCCCUGACCACCUGCGCACCAAGCCUGACCCUGAGGUGGAGGAGCAAGAAAAACAGCUGAGUGCAGAGGCUGCUCGAAUCGGACCUGAGGUGGCACAGAAACAGAUUCAGACGUUGAAUAAAUUGUGUUCUAAUCUGCUGGAGAAGUUGAACAAUCCUCGCGAUGACAGAGAUGUGGAAACUGCAGCAAUACGACAGAACAAACCGUCUUUCAAUCCUGCCGAUACCAAUGCAUUAGUUGGAGCAGUUGCAUUUGGAAAGGGUCUUUCUAAAUGCAGACCCCCAGGUCCUGUGGCCCCCGGCCAUCCUGGACAAGGGCCUAUGAUGAGUGGAGGUCCAACUCUACAACAGGUCACCAUUGGUGGUGGUUCAAGUCAACAAGCUGGUAUGGGAGGGCCUGUGGCUCCACAGCAGCAAGGACAGCCAGGUAAAAUGCCAAGUAGCAUCAAGACAAACAUCAAAUCUGCCUCCAGUUCGAUGCAUCCUUACAACCGAUGAGCUCAUAUUGUGUGGUGAUCUCCCCACCAUGUUUUGUUUUCUUCAGAGGCUGACCCAAAGCAAGCACGACAUUUGUUAAAUGUACCUUUCUUAUAUGCUAUAUAUGAUUUUCCAACAUAUUUUGAUUAUGGACGUUUGACAGUGUUGACAUGAUUUUUGGCGUUGCAAUCUGUGUCUUAUCAUAUGAGCCACUAGAUGGCAGCACAUUAACAUUUAUGGGACUUAACGGCGUCGAGUCUAAGGGGUUUGUGGGCGCUGAGUUACUGGUUUAGUAAUAAAUGGUCGGUGAUAUUUUGAUAUUGAACACUGUGAAUGGUAAUUAGAACGAAGUGUUUCUUUUGUAUUCUCUUGUAAAGGGUUUGGAACAAUUAAUUAAAGGUGGUUCUAAA